UGGGGAGCCGGGGGCGGGCGCUGCGCGGGGGGCGGUGGCGCCGGGCACAGAGGGGUUAAGGGGGCGGUGCAGACGUCUCGCCGCCCAUCCUGCCCCUCGAGAGCCGCGGCGCCCCGCCCUAUUUAUAGCAGCGGUGCCCAGCGCGCCGCGUCUCUCCGCAGGCCCCGGCCGCGGCGUCCUCGACAACCUAGCGAAGGCGCCAUGGAGCGACCGGCGCCCCUGGCCGUGCUGCCCUUCUCGGACCCCGCGCACGCCCUAAGCCUGCUGCGCGGCCUGAGCCAGCUCCGCGCCGAGCGCAAGUUCCUGGACGUGACCCUGGAGGCGGCGGGCGGGCGCGACUUCCCGGCGCACCGUGCGGUGCUGGCCGCCGCCAGCCCCUACUUCCGCGCCAUGUUCGCGGGGCAGCUGCGCGAGAGCCGCGCCGAGCGGGUGCGCCUGCACGGAGUGCCUCCCGACAUGCUGCAGCUGCUGCUGGACUUCAGCUAUACGGGCCGCGUGGCGGUAAGCGGCGACAACGCUGAGCCGCUGCUGCGCGCCGCCGACCUGCUGCAGUUCCCGGCCGUGAAGGAGGCGUGCGGGGCCUUCCUGCAGCAGCAGCUCGACCUGGCCAACUGCCUGGACAUGCAGGACUUCGCUGAGGCCUUCAGCUGCUCGGGACUGGCGAGCGCGGCGCAGCGGUUCAUUCUGCGCCACGUGGGCGAGCUGGGCGCCGAGCAGCUGGAGCGGCUGCCACUGGCGCGCCUGCUGCGCUACCUGCGGGACGACGGGCUGUGUGUGCCCAAGGAGGAGGCCGCCUACCAGCUGGCGCUGCGCUGGGUCCGCGCUGACCCGCCGCGCCGCGCCGCGCACUGGCCGCAGCUGCUGGAGGCCGUACGCCUGCCCUUCGUACGCCGCUUCUACCUGUUGGCGCACGUCGAGGCCGAGCCGCUGGUGGCGCGCUGCCCACCCUGCCUGCGCCUGCUGCGCGAGGCGCGCGACUUCCAGGCGGCGCGCUACGACCGCCACGACCGCGGGCCCUGUCCCCGAAUGCGUCCUCGCCCGUCCACCGGUCUCGCCGAGAUCCUCGUGCUCGUGGGCGGCUGCGACCAGGACUGUGACGAGCUGGUCACUGUCGACUGCUACAACCCGCAGACGGGUCAGUGGCGCUACCUGGCCGAGUUCCCAGACCACCUGGGCGGAGGCUACAGCAUCGUGGCGCUGGGCAAUGACAUCUACGUGACGGGUGGGUCCGAUGGCUCCCGGCUCUAUGACUGCGUGUGGAGGUACAACUCAAGCGUGAACGAGUGGGCGGAGGUGGCGCCCAUGCUGAAGGCCCGCGAGUACCACAGCUCCUCUGUGCUGGACGGACUGCUGUACGUGGUGGCCGCCGACAGCACCGAGCGCUAUGACCACACCACCGACUCCUGGGAGGCCCUGCAGCCCAUGACCUACCCCAUGGACAACUGCUCCACCACUGCGUGCCGUGGCCGGCUCUAUGCCAUUGGCUCCCUGGCCGGCAAGGAGACCAUGGUGAUGCAGUGCUAUGACCCGGACACUGACCUGUGGUCGCUGGUGGACUGCGGCCAGCUCCCGCCCUGGUCCUUCGCCCCCAAGACUGCGACUCUGAACGGACUCAUGUACUUUGUCAGGGAUGACUCUGCCGAGGUGGACGUGUACAACCCGACGAGGAACGAAUGGGACAAGAUCCCGUCCAUGAAUCAGGUACAUGUUGGGGGCAGCCUGGCCGUCCUUGGGGGAAAGCUGUACGUCUCUGGGGGAUACGACAAUACAUUUGAACUCUCGGACGUGGUAGAGGCCUAUGACCCAGAGACUCGCGCGUGGAGCGUGGUGGGGCGGCUCCCAGAACCCACCUUCUGGCAUGGCAGUGUCAGCAUCUUCCGCCAGUUCAUGCCCCAGACCUUCUCGGGUGGGCGUGGCUUCGAGUUGGACAGUGGCAGCAAUGACAUGGACCCAGGCCGACCCCGGCCGCCGCGGGACCCUGAUGAGCUGCACUAGCCCCAGUCUGGCCCGGCACGGGCCUCGGUGCAGGUAACUGGCACCUCUGCGGGGCAGUGCCCCACUCCUUUGUGCACAAGGACAGGUUGGGCUCACAGGAGGAGCACAGGCUCUUGGGUGGCGAAGCCAGCCCAGGAUCCAUUACCUGGAAGGUUUCUGGACCUUGAGAGCCUGAAUCAGAGGCCGUCGGGAACGCCCUCCCUGCAGUUGAGGAAGAGCCACUUUCCUGCCAGCACAUGUUUCUGGGUCUUGGAGGUCACCCCACCCUGCGGAUCACAGCUCACCCACGCGGCGCACACCCCUCCUGCCGUUGUCAUCUGCACCUACUUGCUCCCACCUUGGGAGAGGACGAUGACUUGGGAGGGACGCGUGAAGGGAGAAGGGGUCCUCCCAUGAGGCUGAGGAUGGCCUGAACCUGGAGCAGCGGACCAGGCAGACAGGCUGAAGUGGGGUCCCAAAUUCCAUGUCCAGAGGUGUGGGGAGCCUGCCUCCCUAGCUCCUGGCCCCUGCCAGGGGCUUACAUCAAAACACCUCAGAGGGCUGCCCUCCAGAGGCUGCACCCAGAACAGUGGGACAUGAGCAGGGGUGUGGGCUUGGAGGGUGAAGAGGAUGUGCUCCUAUCAGAUGCUGGGCCUCCUCAGCCAUAGCCCCCUGCUCCCACCCCCUGACUGGCUCUUGUGUCCUCACCUCUCACCCUCUCCUUCCCAGGAGGCCCUGGGAGGUGAUCAUUGACACCCAGCCAAGCAGACAGCUGCGGGUGCCCAAGCCCUUGCUGGGCCUGCGCGUGAGGAGUCCCACUGCUUCUAAAGGAAGUCCUGGGCAGGAGGUGGCCUUGGUGGUUGGUUCCAAAGUUGAAAAUGCUUGCAGUUUGACCUUAGAAGAAGUGGGAAGAAGAAGGAGCUCUACAGGGUCAGCUUUGUUUGAUUUUUCCAGUCUAAAAAGUCCCAUUGCCAAAGCUUUCUGCAGGAGCUCCCGGGUGAAUGCCGCAGCUUGGCAGCCCCUGGUUUUCUCUUGGAAAUGGUCAGUUUCCCCUCAAAGUACCCAAAGUAGCCUUGGCUUGAGUUUUUGUCCUUGCUUCCUUUUUAGAGAAGAGGGCAUUUAGACUGCAUUUUCCUCGUUAAAGAAGGUUAAAGCAAAUGUUUAUUGCUUUUUCUAGUGAACUAACUCGUAGAGAUGUUCUCAGCAGGAAGACAGUCUUAGCACUGUCACUUAGCAGAUUGCACUUAAGUCCCUUGUGCUGGCCAGAUGGCAUGGCUGGUUGCCUUAAUAUGUCCCAGGACCCCUGACAGGGCUGCCUGGCCUCUCCCACGUGCUCCUCAAGAGCCCAGUCCAUACACUGUGGAUGUCGUUGCUGUCGGGUUAGGAAGUCUUGUCCUAGAACGCCCUGGCUGGUAUGGCCACAGUUCAUGGCGGCUCUUCUCCCUUGGGUCAUGGUCAUCUUCCAGCACCUGCUGUGCUGGGAAGGCCGAGGAUGGGGGCCCAGCACUGUCCAGGCCUGCUGGGGCCUGGCUGGGAGUCCUGUGGGCAGCGUGGAACGUGCAGCUGGGCUUCCUGUGACCAGGCACCCUCUGGCACUGUUGCUUGCCCUGUGCCCUGGACCUUUUCCUGCCCUUCUUCCUCUGCUCCCUUGGGGCUACCCCUUGGCCCCUCCUGGUCUGUGCAAACUCCCUCAGGGAGCUCCCCUGCCCUGUAGCUCUCACUUAACUUCCUAGGGGCUGCUGAGCCCACCCAGAGGUUGUUGGAGUUCAGUAGGGCAGCUUGUCUCCCUUGUCAGCAGGGGCGUAAGGGCCAGGUUUGGCCAUACAAGGUUGGCUACGCCCUCAAUCCCUGACCGUUCCAGGCACUGAGCUGGGCACCCAAGGAAGGACAUGCUGUCCAGACUGUGUGAUGACUGCCACCACAGGGCAUCUCGGGCUUGGCUGGUCUGCGAGGCCUUGCCCCUGUGGAACUCUGGGUUCCUGUUUUCUCAGUCUUUUUGCGGCUUUGCUGUGGUUGGCAGCUGCUGUACUCCAGGCUUGUGGCGGCCACUCAGAUGAGGGCUGUGGUGCGAGCCAGUGCAGGAGAGCUGCGCUUGGGAUUGUGCCCUCUCCUGUGUCUGUCCUCCGGACCUACCCAGGUCUCCACCAUCAGGACCCCGUCUUUGGGUUUAGAAGACCAAGUAUGGGGAAGACCAGGCACCAGCCUCUGCAGCAAUGGGUCCCUCUAGCCUGUGGACACCAGCUGGGGGAUCCAGGGUCAGGCCCCCUCCUCUCCCCAGUUCCCCUCUGCUGUGGGUUCUGGGCUGUCAUGUCCCCACCACUUAAGGAUGUCUCUACACUGACUUCAGGACAGAUGCUGGGACGCCUGGGCAUGGCCACAUGUUACAUGUACAGAACUUUGUCUACAGCACAAAUUAAGUUAUAUAAACACAGUGACUGGUAUUUAAUGCUGACCUACUAUAAGGUAUUCUAUAUUUAUAUGACUUCAGAGACGCAUAUGUAAUAAAGGACGCCCUCCCUCCAGUGUCCACAUCCAGUUCACCCCAGAGGGUCGGGCAGGUUGACAUAUUUAUUUUUGUCUAUUCUGUACGCUUCCAUGUCCAGAAUCCUGCUUAAGGUUUUAGGGUACCUUCAGUACUUUUUGAAAUAAAAGUAUUUCCUAUCCA